UCAUAUAAAAUCGGAAAUAAACCAACUUCCGUUUUUUCACAUGGGAAGAGAAAUAUUUAAUAUUUUUAUGUAUUUUACGAAAAAUAUAUCAUAAUAUUAAAUAGUAAAUCGUUUGAAUUAUGGCUAGUGUCUCGACUGACAUUCCUGAAGAGGAAAAACUCCGGCCUCAAUUUGGAACAAGGUUUUUGACAGACGAACAGAACGUAUUUCAACAUAAUGCAUGGGACAAUGUAGUUUGGGAUGAAGAUCAAGAACAGGAAGCCAAACAGAAAACUUUGGAACAGGCAGCUCAUGCUUUAUCAUUAGACGAACAAGAAAAAUAUGAUACAAAAGCAGAUGUGUUUUGGGAUGAUUUCUAUGGUAUUCAUCAAAAUCGAUUUUUCAAAGAUAGGCAUUGGUUGUUCACUGAAUUCCCAGAACUUAACUGUUCAAAUCUAACAAAGACUGAAAACACUAGUAUUGACAAGAAAGAUGAACAACUGUUGUCAAAAGACAAUAAAAAUACCCCAAAAUGUGAUAAAAUUGAAAUCUACCCAGGUCAAAAUGCAAAAUACAGGUUUUUUGAGGUGGGUUGUGGUGUUGGAAAUACAGUUUUUCCUGUUGUUCAGACAAACAAUAAUCCAGAUUUAAUGGUUUAUUGUUGUGAUUUCUCAGCUACUGGUGUCGGACACGUUAAGGAUCAUCCUGAUUAUGACCCAAGCAGAUGUCAUGCUUUUGUUUGUGAUAUUUCAAACCCAGAAUCUACUGUACCAUUUCCAGAAUGUUCACUAGAUAUUAUUAUUAUGAUAUUUGUACUCUCUGCUAUACAUCCUGACAAGUUUGCAAGUGUCAUUGAUCGUCUAACAAAAUAUUUAAAACCUGGAGGUGUUAUUCUGUUCAGAGAUUAUGGUCGCUAUGAUAUGGCUCAACUUAGAUUUAAAAAAGGAAGAUGUUUAAGUGAAAAUUUUUAUGUUAGAGGAGAUGGAACAAGGGUUUAUUUUUUUGAGCAAGAUGAAUUAAGGAAAAUGUUUGAGAAAGCAGGUUUAGAAGAGAUACAGAAUAUAGUUGAUCGUAGAUUGCAAGUUAAUCGAGGAAAACAAUUAAAAAUGUACCGUGUUUGGAUUCAGUGUAAAUAUAGAAAACCUGAUGGACUAAAAAGUAUGUCAUCAUCAUCAGCUACAUCUUGAUAAGAACUUUUUAUUGUGUGUGUAUAUAUCAAUGUUAUAAAUAAAAACAAAAAAA